AUGGUCAACGAAUCCUUGAGCAGCUCCAAAAGGAGAGCUCCUUGUGGACCAAAGCCGGACGUCCCCAGGCCGAGGCCUUUGCGCAGCCGUGUCCAACACGGUCCACAUGAGGACUUGAACAUUGGAAAGGUUGUGAAGGCUGAGGAACUGUCGAACCUGGUAGUGAAUGAUUUGAUCAAGGAAGCAUUGUCAGCAGAUGCACGCAUUGUCCCUGCUGUUCCUGGGAAGGAAAGCGACAUAGUUCCAGCUGAGAUUGGCAAUGAGAUCGAGGAUGAUGUUUUAAGCUUGGCAGGGAGCGAGACUGAGCAGGAAACGGAGUCCGCGGAGUCUGUUGACUUGGCGUCACGAAUUGCCAGCCGCGUCGUCCAACAAGGCAUACAGCUUGAUGUUGCGAAGGCAGUUCAGGAUGCCUCUCAAGAGAUUUCAGUUCAGGACUUUGAAGAAGUUGAGGGCUUCAGUGAGGAUGAGGAGUCUUUCGAAGAGGUUGACACUGUAAGUGUUCAGCAAGAGAGCUUCGAUGCGAUGGCAGCUCGUUUGGAGGCUCGCCAAACUUUGAUCCAAGCAGCGCAGAGUGGAAAGUUGCUUGCGGCCCUGCAAGCAGCUACUGCUAAGACCGCUAAGGUUGAGGAGGUUGAUACCAAGCAGGCUGAAGUGGAGUCCGUCCGUCGUGCUCGGGACACGCUGCUGCAAGCUGCCCGCGAUGGCCGCUUGGCAUCCGCUUUCAAGGAGAUGCGCAAGGCGAGUGUUCUACAGUUUGGUUUCAUGUGGGUGCCUGGUGUUGAGGAGGUUGAUACCAAGCAGGCUGAAGUGGAGUCCCUCCGUCGUGCCCGGGACACGCUGCUGCAAGCUGCCCGCGAUGGCCGCUUGGCAUCCGCUUUCAAGGAGAUGCGCAAGGCGAGUGUUCUACAGUUUGGCUUCAUGUGGGUGCCUGGUGUUGAGGAGGUUGAUACCAAGCAGGCUGAAGUGGAGUCCCUCCGUCGUGAGGCUCGGGACACGCUGCUGCAAGCUGCCCGCGAUGGCCGCUUGGCAUCCGCUUUCAAGGAGAUGCGCAAGGUUGAGGAGGUUGAGGAGGUUGAUACCAAGCAGGCUGAAGUGGAGUCCCUCCGUCGUGAGGCCCGGGACACGCUGCUGCAAGCUGCCCGCGAUGGCCGCUUGGCAUCCGCUUUCAAGGAGAUGCGCAAGGCGAGUGUUCUACAGUUUGGCUUCAUGUGGGUGCCUGGUGUUGAGGAGGUUGAUACCAAGCAGGCUGAAGUGGAGUCCCUCCGUCGUGAGGCCCGGGACGCGCUGCUGCAAGCUGCCCGCAAUGGCCGCUUGGCAUCCGCUUUCAGGCAAGUCAAGGAGGCAGACAAGAUUGAGGCACUUCGCCAGCAGGCUCGGGAUGCCUUGCUGAAAGCCACUGCUGAUGGUCGAUUGACAGCAGCUUUGCUGCAGUCCAAGGUUGAGCCCAAGAGCAUCGACGCAGCCGAGACAGAGGACAGCGUUGCUGCACCAAUGGAAACGGAACCGUCCUUGGAAGAAGCACGUGAAAAGGCUCGAUCUGCACUGCUCAACACGCUGAAGACUGGUGACUUUCAGAAAGCAAUGCAAGAGAUUGUCGAGAAGCGUCAGACACAGGCACUUUCGGCAGAGCAACCUACACAGAUGGAGGUGCCGCCUUCCGAGACUGUCGAGUGGCAUCAGCCUUUGCAAGAGUCCGCUGUUUUCAAGAUGCCCGGCCGAACCAAGAGACGCAUCAUCGGUGGCGUUGUUCGAGCACCAUCCGAAGCAGUUCCCGUGGAUCCCUUGCCACCGCCUGCAGCGUCAAAGCUUGCUUGGUUUAUGGCUGGUCCUGUUUCCAAUGGCCUACGCCAGAAGGAUGUGGCAACUUUUCAAAUGGACGAUGGGCUGGAUACCGAGAAUCGUGGCCUUACGCGAAAAUCCAGCCUCACCUCAAUGUUUGAAGCACUUGGUUCUGCUCAGCUGAUUCACAUGGAUGCUGACGAUGAGCAGACUCAUCAGGUGACAUCAAUGAGGCUUUCUUCAAGUUGCACGAACCUCAAACCUCAAGGCCUGAAGCCUGGCAUGACCAGUUCAGCUUCUGCCAUGGCUUUGGACUUGGGACUGGAUCUUGGUGCGAAGGACCGAAUUGGAACUCCUUCGAUGGGUUCUCGCUGCUCUUCAGUCGGUUCUUUGCGCGCUCUCAAGGCGAACAAGGCAAAGCCUCUGCCCUUCCUCCAGAAGCCCGGCUCAAGGGCUGACUGGUCCAUUAGCAACGCGUCAGUCAUGAAGACAACAAAAGAAUGGAGCACUGGCACCAUGGCCGCUUUUUAG